AUGUCAACCAUCACAACAACGUACGCUCCGAGAAUGCGAACAACCGGCUGCGCCGCGCGAGCGAUACCACCUCGGCCCUUGGACCACUUUCAUCUCUUCUCAAGGCUGCCCGUAGAACUCCGCCUCAAGAUCUGGAACUUCAACCUUCCACCACCGCGGGUCGUGCCCAUCAGGUGCGGUGCCAAGUCUCUCUCCUUCGCCUCACACGCCCAGUCACCAAGGCCGUCGACGAGCGGGUGUACGUCCUACGCUGCCUUACCCGUCAACCUCCACGCCUGCCAAGAAUCCCGCCUCGAGGCUCAAAAAUCGUACCACCUCAGCUUCGGCAUGACGCGCAACCCCGGCCAAAUCUUCUUUGACAACGCCCACGAUAUCCUCUACUUUGGCGCCCGCGACGGCUACAUGGCCUCCGAGGCGCAGUUCCGCACAGUAAUGGCCCUCUGCGACCCCGAAGACAUCUCAGAAGUGCGCCGUCUCGCCAUCAACGACUCCCUCUUCUGGGUCGACGCAAUGUACCAGUCCAUGACCGCCGCCAACCUGACGGUGGAGGUCCUCAAGCAGAUCCGCGUCCGCAUGCCGAAACUGGAACAACUCGUCUUCGUGCCCCGGGACGAAAACCCGGUCUACGAUAACGAGGUCGAUUUGCUGCCCGCGAAUCCACACGGCGUGCUUGAGCAACAGAUGGCGAGGCAGAUGGAGGCGGCGAUGAAGGCCGUUCGCGACCUGUGCCCGGACUGGACUCCACCGCAGUGGUGUAUCAUGGCUCUGGGGUCAGCAUAG